CAAGCUGAAGUCAGAGAAGUCAAUCUGAGAACUAGGCAACGGCUAACAUAGAGCAAAGCACGCAGAACUGACCUGAACUAAACAUGCUAACCAGAUCAGACAGCAUGGUCUUCACAUUACCGGCAAACUCUUUCUUCCAGUCGCAGCCGCCGCAGUUUGAUUUCAGACCGAUCGUGGCACGCAACACCGAGCCAGAGAUCUUCACCUUCGAGCGGAUCCCGCAGCAGCAGCAGCCGCUCCCUGGCCGCGGAGCUCCAGUGCGCCCUCGCAAGAGGAACACCCGGGUCAUGUACCCCUCAAAAGUGCGCAAAUAUCUGCCACCGCCCGAGAAGAGCCCUGCUAAACGCUGGCUGCUCAUCCUGUGCCUGGUGGUCUUAAUGCAGAUCUACACAGAGGAUGAAACCGUGGAGACCACGCAGAGUGAAGGUCCAGCCUUCACCGAUACCACAUCAUACAACGUUCUAUCCUUCCAGUCCCCUGAGGAGCAAGCCAGAGAGAUGAUGGGGAAUUGUCUGGAGGACUUCACCCAGACACCUCACAAGCAGCUCCAGGCCAGCAGCGACGAGAAGGAGGUCGAGAACUCUUGGUUUCUGAACACUACAUGCCCAAGCUCACACUGGGAAGAAGACAUGACAGCUCUCUACCAGCAAAGCCGGAGGAGUGGAUACGUGGUGGCUCUUCUCUACCCGGUGUACCACACACUUGGCCCAGAGAACUGAACGAACUGAGAAAUAGACUUUGGAGGAACAAAAUCACCACUUUGAACCUUCUUGGUUUAAAGGUGGAAGAGAAAUAGGCUCCUGUGGUACCAAGAGGUGCUUGGAGAACCUCGAAGGAGAGGGAGAGAUGAUGGAGACAUUUGAUGGACUGACUUAGACUUUAUAAUGGAAUGAAACUUGAAUGGCUCAUUUAGAUUUAAUUGAAGUUCUCUUGAAGUGUAGACAUUUACAAGUAGACAAAACUCUGUGUGAGGAUGUCACAAUGAUCAUUUGUGUUGCUGAACGCUGCCACUCACAGAAAUACUUGAAGCUCACGUUGAAGAUUUUAUGUGUUAAAUGAAGACAUGUUUGUUGUAGCUAUUAUUUAAUGGUAUUUAUUUAUUGUUAUUGACUUAUUUAUUUCUUAUUGCCUUGUGAAAAUAAAUGUGACAUUAACUUCUUAA